GGUGGAGUCUGAAAUCGGCGACGAGAGGGAGGGAGGAAGGCAGAUUCUGCGAGAGCAUGCGAUGGCCGCUCGACUGUUCGAUGUUCAGAUCCUUCGUGUCCGGAGGCCGUGAGAAUUUCGGCGAUCGUGGUUCAGGUUCAGGUUCAGGUUAUGGGAGGUUGAUCGAAGGAUUUUGAUUCAGGCGUGGAAUUUUACGGUCGAAGGUGGUGGCCGUCAGUGGGAGUGGGAGCGGGAGCGAGAGAGGCGAUGAUCUGAUUCCUCGGGCGGUGUAUUUAAUUGGUGCUGCUCGAUCGUGGACGGACGUAGACGGUUGCGCGAUGUCAGGGCAGCCUAGCGGGCUCGUCUUGCCUCAGACCCCCACCUCCACCGCCUCCAAAGUGGUGGUUCUGUUUCGAGCAACAGGAGAUGCUCCCAUACUCAAACAGAACAAGUUCAAGAUCGGAGGCUCGGAGAAAUUUGCAAAAGUCAUUGAUUUCUUGCGCAAGCAGCUGCAUCGGGAAACAGUGUUCGUGUACAUCAACAGCGCGUUUUCUCCGAACCCGGAUGAAUAUGUAAUGGAUUUGUUUGAAAACUUUGGCAUCGAUGGGAAACUAGUGGUAAACUAUGCGUGUUCCAUGGCCUGGGGAUAAGUGGAGUCGACAUUUGGUGAAGAACGUGCUUACGUACGAAAACAACGUGUAAAUAAAAAACGUGACACAAAUUUGCAAACUGACGCACCGGAUUGUAGAGAGGCAUCACUCCGAAUAUCCAGCUUCUUAAAUUGUGAAAUCAAAGAGAUUUUGACCUCAAUGAACGAUAUUCUCAAGUUAGAGACUGGGUCAUGGUUUCAGUUUCAAGGUACACAUGUAGAAUGGGGUGACGAAUGUAGAUGAAGAUUCGAGCAUCGUAGAUGAGGGAAGAUGAUAAAAUGAGAGACGGUUGUCAGCUCAAUACAACCUGCUUUGUACUUGACCUGAUUCGUAUCGGCUGUACAGACACAGCAGUUUGUGAAUCUGAUGUUUGAUACAUCCUGAGACUCUUGUUAAGUCAGAGCAGCUUGUUGGUG